AUGCCCAUUGAUAAUGCAACUAACUUCUUUUGGCUGCCUACAGUACUGAAGGGUUCGCGUCGUUUUACGUCCAGACCAAAUGGCAGCGCUAAAGGCUCACGAGAUCGAGCGAUUCGAGAAUCUGAUGAAGAAGAAUCUCGCAGCAGUAAGGAAGUGAAUGACGGUAGCCAGAAUUCAAGUGCAGCCAGUAAGUAUAUCGAAACUGAUCAAUGGUACAGGCACAGGCGAUAUCGCAAUUUAAUUCUUCGUGACCACGUUGUGAAGUUUCAUGUAAGAACCAACCAAUCUUUGUCAGCCUGGCUUCACGAGCAGUUGGCAUUAAUGGGACAGGAGGUCGAUACCGCAAUAUUCGAUUUACGUAUGCUGAAUACAGGAGCUGAUGAGUUUUUCAAACCAUAUUUGGCAACCACGUACACUAGCCUUGUUGAAUUGAUGCGUAUGCUAAUGGAUCAGUAUGGAACACAUGGCCUUCAAAUCUACCUGGUCGGCUGGACUAUCCGCCAUUGGUUAAAUGUCUGUCGCCUACAUCUGUUACGUAGCUGGCUGUUCCGAGCUCCUAGACGAAGACUGCUUUUUGGUGUACCCGACGAACUUCCUUCAUUGCACCAGAUGUUACAGGAAUACGUUCAAACACACACCUUGUGCUGCAUCAACAGAGACUCAUCACUGCAUCCUGGAUUAUGUACUUUACGGCAAUUAGUUAGUUUGCCACACGAUUUCUACUGUCAACCGUGCUUUGCGCGGGAACUCUACAGGGCAUUGCUACGUUCUCUCUGUCUGCGUUACCAAUCCUCUAUCCGCAACAAACGGAAAUGGAUCCAUUAUAAAAGAUUUGGUCUUCCUCACCAGAUUGUAUUACUGGAGGCCCAGUCUAGAUCAACGGAACGGCUAAUAGGAAAUAUCAAACUGCUUAUGGACCAGAUUUUGGGUCGGAAUUCACUGAACGGUUCGCCGUUGCUACCUUAUCCAGUAAGCGAUUCGAAAAUUGCAUGGUCACCAAUAUAUGACGGACGCUUCGAAGAGUGCUCCGCAUUAGCCGGUUUCAUUUCAUUAUUGUUUGUGUUACUAUUUUUGUUGCUGGCUUCAAUCGUGGAAACUUUCGCGCCUGCAUCAAAGAGCAUAAUUCACUUCGAAGUCGGCAUUCAUGAACCCUUAGAUAUCUCUAUACGCGACACCAUGAUGACCUAUUUUAUUCUGGCUCCAUUCUGCGUGUACCUGAAUUUCGAACUCCGGCUGAGACUAAUGCACAUGCUUCUACCAUGGUUACCCUCGUUAACUUGGUCGUAUUUUCCUUGUUUUCCUUCGGAUGAGGUCUAUAUUGCCUUUCCACAGAGGUUGUUCAAACUUGGUUUCGAGAUCAAUUUGACCUGGCGUUGUUUUGAACACUACGAACAACGGUUGCUACAUACCUACCAACAGUUACUCUCAGGCCUUGCUGCAUGGGGCAUACUAGUAAGAAAUGUC